AUGACUCUUAACAUCUCAAUCAUACUCUUUUCUCUGGGUCCUGAAGAAGCCAAAAAGAAUCAGUCACAGAAAGGACCAGACAUUAGAAGAAAGGAGGUGGACAAGGAGAGCCUUCCAAUGCCGCCGACAGCGAACCUGUUGCGCAGCCUGUCACGGCCGCUCGGGCUCCGCGGCGCCGCCUCAGCCCCACAACAACAUGGCGGCCGCGGCCUCCGCAGGAAGCCGGGGGGGCGGGGAGGUAGGCGACGGCCCGGGCAGCUGACGGCCCGCCCGCCCUCGGCCCGCACCGACGCCCCCACCCUCGGGAAGCCGAAGUUGGCCUUGGCGCGGCUCCUCACCCGCAGAGUCUCGGGGCACCGAACCCCGCGGGCCUGGCGCCAGCGCUCCGCUCUCCCCUCGGGGAGGCCCCGAAGCCCCCGGACCCGGCAGCCCUUCCUGGAGCAGCGGCUGCCCACCUGGCUCCUCCUCCCCGAGAAUGCUUCUCUCAGCGUGGACAGAGCCCAGGAUGGCCUCGUGGAGAGAGAGGCCCGCAUCCCAGCCGUCCCUGACAUCCCAACUGAAGUCCCAGAUAUGUGGGUAAGGUCAUCGCAGGCCAUCCAACCCCAGCUGACCUCCAAGCUGACUGCAGCCACUAAAGGAAGCCGGGCAAGCCCAGCCCAGCCAACCCAUAGCACUGUGAGAAAUAGUCAGCUUUUGCAAGCCACUGUUUCUGAGUGUUGUCAUUUUGGUUUUGGUGUUUUGUUUUGCUUUUAA